AUGGUUGUGUCUGAAAUUAUAUGCCGGAAUCCCAUGUUUGUUGGAACUACCACAAUUCACUACCAGGCGUUAAGAAUAACAGAUAACGACGAUGUCGAGUUUAUGUUUAACGUACAUAAAAGUCACAGUUCUUUGUCCUAUAUAGAGCUUUAUGUUAUGUUUGAGAUGAAGAAUCCAACAUCUAAUGUUGAGUUAAAUUACCCAUCAAGUUCUAGUCAACACCAAAGUCUACCACAACAACAAUAUAGCACACAACACUACAACACGUCAUCCAUUUAUGGUGCAUCCUUAUCGCAACCUUUUCAGUCACAGUGGGCACAAAAUGUGUACGAACCAUCACAAAGAAUAACUCAACCUCAUCCCUCUCAAACACCAUCCUGUUCAACACAACCCGAAACUUUAAACGCUGAAAUCGAUAUAUUCACCUCCCAAUUCCAAGACCAACGAAAUGAUGAAGUUCAAGAUGAUGAAGAUGAUGAUGAUGAAGAGCUCCUUGCUGCACAAAACGGUGAUGAGAACGAAGAAGACGAGGACGAAGAUGAAGACGACGAUCUGCCACAACUACCAAUUUUACCAAUCCGAGCUUCUUACAAUCCACCAAGGUCCAUGCGCAACGUCAAUGAUGACCACUCAACUGAACUUUAUCAUUCAAUGGCUCUUCCGGUCGAUCAAGGUAUUGCGCCGGGGAUGCAAUUCCAUAACAAAAAUGAUUGCAUUCUUGCAAUUAAAUUUUAUCACAUGAAGAAAUCAACGGAUUAUAUUGUGAAAAAAUCAGAUUCUGAAAGGUAUGUCAUCAAAUGUAAAGAUACAAAAUGUGGUUUCAAAUUGUGGGCCUCGUGGAGGAAAAAAACUGAUAAAUGGGAGAUCAGCAAUAUGAAUGAUCAUACAUGUGUCUCAACAGAAAUGACGCAAGAUCAUCACAAACUUAGUUACAAUGUGAUAUGUGAAAGUGUUAAGUCACUUCUACAUAUGGAUACUUCAAUUACAGUGAAGGUUAUAAUUGCACACAUCCGAGAGAAGUUUAAUUACACAGUUUCAUACAGAAAGGCAUGGAGAGCAAGGAAUAAGGCGAUUGAAUCAAUUUAUGGUAAUUGGGAGGAGUCUUAUCAAGAACUACCACAGUGGUUGAUGGUCAUGGAAAAAGAUUUGCCAGGAACAAUAAUUGAUUUUCAAACAGUCCCAUCAACAGAAGUGGUAAAUGAGAUCGUCUUCAAGCGUCUCUUUUGGGCCUUUCGUCCGUGCAUCUUAGGUUUCGAAUUCUGCAAACCCAUUGUCCAAAUUGACGCAACUUGGUUGUAUGGUAAAUACAAAGGAACAUUGUUGUUAGCUGUUGCGCAAGAUGGGAACAACAAGAUAUUUCCCAUUGCUUUUGCAAUCGUGGAAGGCGAGACCAAGGAGGCUUGGAGUUUCUUUUUGAAGAAUCUAAGGCAGCAUGUCACCCCACAGGAGAACAUAUGCCUCAUUUCUGAUAGACAUGUGUCGAUAAAGAGCGCGUAUGAUGAUCCACAAAAUGGAUGGCACGGUGCUCCGACAAGCCAUGUGUAUUGUGUCCGACACAUUGCACAAAACUUUAUGAGAUCAUUCAAGGAUGGAGAACUUAAGAAGAAAGUUGAAGGCAUGGGUUACGCCAUGAACAUCCCUACAUUCGAAUAUUACCGUUCUGAAAUUGUUGUUGCAGACCGAAAGGCUUUAGCAUGGGUCGACAAUAUUCCCAAACAAAAGUGGACUCAAUCACAUGGCGAUGGUCGACGAUGGGGCCAUAUGACAAGUAACUUGGUAGAGUCACAAAACAACGUGUAUAAGGGUAUUCGAGGACUCCCGAUUACAGCUAUUGUGAAAGCAUCAUAUUACAGGUUGGCGGCCUUGUUUGCUAAAAGAGGACAUGAGGCAGCGGCAAGGGUAAAUUCUGGUGAGCCAUUCUCAUAA